GCACACCUAUCUGUGUAUAACCAACUUUUGAUGUGCCUCCUUCUUGCUGAAAUGAACGUGUUGUUUGAUGCAAAAGUCAUACACUAACUUCGCAAGGUGGCCACAUAUCACUGUCAAGUCACCAGUCAGAGUUAUCGAGGAAACAUCAAGAAACAAAGUCAUGACACACUGCUGUGAUUGCUCUGAAGAUGGCAUCAAUUGGGAAAAAAUUUUGUCCUUCAUUGCAAGAAAUGAAUCUCCAGCUCCUCAUCCUGUCUGUCCUCAACCCACUCAAGAUACCAAUCCCAUUUGCCCCCUCGUAAGCCACAUCAGAUGCUACUGUGGAUGCGCCAAUGACCUUGAUCAACCUACAGAUUCAGUCACAUUGCAAAACAACGGGACCCAGAUGAAUUACCAAGGACCACUGCCAAAUCCAUUUAUAGCCACACAAUCCUGUCAUUGCAUUCGAGACACGACACCCAAUUUGAGACAUAACUUGGGAUAUUCUAGACCCUGUAUGAUGGUGCACACAAGUCACAAUAUGACGCAGCGCUCAAGAUGUGAAAUGACCCACCUUUCACAACCAUACAUGGGUAGUCUUUCUAGACAUAGCUUAGUGCUGCAUUCUAGGAACAACAUGGCACCACAUUCAGUCCACAGUCUGGAUUCACAUUCAAGUAAAAAGGAAACUCAACCGUCAAAUCGCAACAUGCCAUUGCAAUCAUGUCCCACCAUGGCGUACCAGUCAAGUCAAAGCAUGGCACCACAUGCAUGCCACAACAUGGCGGUGCAUAGUCACGGAUUGAGUCAUCACUUAGUAGCACAGACAAGUCACAGUGUUGGACUUCAACCUGGUACUGGAAUGGCCCAGCCACUCCAGGUCAGGUACAACUUUUCACGGAUUAUCUACAGUUCAUCUGAGCCAAGUUUUGGCCCGCUACCACCAUCAAGGCCUCCUUCCCAGGCAAACUUCAGCAUUCAAUCUCAUUCCCCUCUAAACCAGGGUGAGGAGUGCCGGGUGAGGACACGAGUGAGCAACAGGACUGGGGAGCCAGGCCCAGCAACUGAUUUGCAUGCAGGAACUUCAUCCAUGAUCUGUAAUGCUGCAGUGAUUGAGCCAAAACAUUCGAUGAGUCAGCAAGGCAACAAGACACAGAGUGGGACACCGGUUCAAAUGCUUCAGGACCGUUUUGCCAUCCUUGACAGAGAAAGACGUGAAACAUCUGUGCAGAGCAGAAAAAGAACAAAAAAGCCAUUGAAUGCCUUUCUACUAUUUAUGAGAGAAAACAGGGAGGAAGUCAGGAAAGAACUUGGAAUCAGUAACAGUGCAGUUGUGAAUAUGGCCUUGGGAGAAAAGUGGAAUAAGAUGACUUCUGAAGAGCAAGCCUUGUAUUAUGAGCAAGCUUACUUUGAGAGACGUCUCUACUAUUCUGACAGCAGCAACAGUAACAUUUGUCAGCAGGGCUAAUGGCAGCAGCAGCAGAGCUAAUGGCAGCAGCAGCAGGGCGAGUGGCAUUAGCUUCAGCUCUGGUGCGAGGAGGUCAGUAGGGCAGAACAUUCAGUAAGCUGAGGAUUGACGGUUCGGAUCUGCUCCACUCAGCGGACACUCAUCAAACACUGUCAUCUCGUUUUAGUGAACAGUGGUUGAAGGGCGAACCGAGGUGGUGUCCGCCCAGGUGGAGCUACUGCUCUGUCACGUCAUGUUCUGCGAUCUUGUUUAUCUCUUAUUUAUCAAACAAAUAAUUUUGUGAGUUUGUUCCAUUCCAAAUGAGUUUCCAUCGUGAUGAGUGUUUGAGUGUUGAGAGUAUUAAUGUAGUGGAUGCUGAUACAGUUGCUGUGUUUGUAGAUGCAGACAAGCUUCACUGUUUACUGACUAAUGGCCUUUAUUCUUUAUUCUUCCUACAACGGGUAAA